AUGGCGCUCCGGGGCUUGAUAUCCUACUGGACCAUCCCAGUCCUCUCCAGCCUCGUCUGGCUCGGCAUGCUCCUCGGCCUCCUCCUCCACUGGAUCAUCGACACGCACCGCCGCCACUACCCGUCCAUGUCGGACCGCGCCUCCAUCGCCUACAUCAGCAACGUCGGCGCCCACGAGCUCAAGCCCCUCUUCAUCGCCGGCUCCGUCGCCACCACCCUCACCCUCGACUCCGCCUUUGUCGCCGAGCGCUGGCUCCGCCACUCGGGCCGCCUCGUCCCCAACGCCUCCCCCGGCGAAAAGGCCCUCGCCAUCCUCACCAUUGCCUUUGCCCUCGUCGGCACCGCCGGCCUCAUCCUCCUCAGUAUUUUUGACACCUGGCGCUUCCACGGCCUGCACGACAUUUUCCUCCUCCUCUUCAUUGCCGGCUACCUGUUCUCCGCCGUCUUUACCUGCUGGGAGUCGCAGCGCCUCGGCAUCAAAAACCGCCAGCACCGUGUCCUCCGCGCCUCCUUCUGGGUCAAGCUCACCUUUGUCCUCGUCGAGCUCGUCCUUGCCAUCAUCUUCGCCGCCACCUCCUAUACUCGCCACACCGACGUCGCCGCCGUCUUCGAGUGGGUCGUCGCCUUCAUCUUCACCUUUUACAUCCUCUCCUUCGUCAUCGACCUCUACCCGGCCGUCGCCACCAGGGAUCCGGGCUCCCGUUUCGAGAAGCCGCGCUUCGUCGAUGAGGCCGCCGCCGUGUCCGCCGGCGCUGACCCCGACGACGCCGCCGCCUCCUCAAACGCCACUACCAGCGCCUCGGCCCUGCACCCGCGCGACUAUCCCAUGGACCGGAACCCCAUUAACUUUUGA